AUGUGACUGGUUGAGGGGGUGGUUUAGAUUUACGGAUACACCGACUAGACUAAAAGAACAUGGCUGGCCCAGGUUAUCCUGAACCUGGAGCGUUCUACGAGGGCUCGGAGGGAAAGUAACGCGGCGUGCUUCUCAAAAUGCAUGUGUUCUAGCCAACGUUAGUACCGUUUUGAGUAAGAGAAACCAGUGCACAGAAAGGCACCCUCAGAAAUAGGGAGAAAAAUGAUGACGAGACAAAGGAAGCGCCCGAUUAAAAGCCCAAAAGGCAGAGCGUGUCUCCUGGAGCUGGGCGGGGUGGGGGAGGCGCUCUGGCAGGGGCUCCCCCGGGUUAAGGAGGAGCCCAUCGACCUGGUGGAGGUGAAAGAGGAGCAGUGCGAGUCGCUGCUGGUCUACGUGAAGCGGGAGAAGGACGGGAGGCCGGAGAACAGCGGACUGCGGCGGGGGAGGAGGGGGAGGCGCGGUGCGGAGGUGACUCCCGGGCGGGGCGGCGGUGCCGCUCUGGCCAAUGGCGACCGCGACGGGGCGACCGCGGCGAAGCGUGAGGCGCGGGGGACCGCCGCGACCGCGACCGCGACCAAGAAGGUGAAGCGGAGGAAGAAACAAGCCCCCCUGAAAAAGCCCGCCGCGAGGACGGCCGGUAAAGACAGGAGGGCGGAGGCGGAGGAGAAGGAGAGGAAGAGGUGGAGCGCGGGCAGGUACCCGUGUCAGAACUGCGAGGCCGUGUUCCCCGGCAUCGCCGCGCUGCAGGCCCACCAGCAGGAGGCCCACAGCGACCUCCGACCCUACGUCUGCAAGGUGUGCGGCAAGUGCUUCCGCUACUCCUGCGUGCUGACCAACCACAUGCGCACGCACUCCGGGGAACGCCCCUUCGCCUGCCAGCUCUGCCCCAAGCGCUUCACGCAGAACGCCAGCUACCGCGCGCACCAGCGCAUCCACAACGGCGAGAAGCCCUUCUCCUGCCCCGUGUGCGGCUGGCGCUUCGCCCGCACCUGCGACAUGAACCGGCACGUCAGCACGCACACCGAGGAGCGGCUGCACAGCUGCACGGAGUGCGGUAAGAGUUUCCGGCGCUCGGUGCACCUGCGCUCCCACGCUCUGAUCCACUCGGGCGAGCUGCCCUUCCCCUGCCCCGACUGCGGCCGGCGCUUCCGGCACGCCACCAACCUGGCGACCCACCGCCGCAUCCACUCGGGCGAGCAGCCGUACCGCUGCGGCCAGUGCGGCAAGGGCUUCCGGCAGAGCGGCCACCUGAAGCUGCACCAGCGCACCCACACCGGGGAGCGCCCGUACCCCUGCCCCGAGUGCGGCAAGGCCUUCGCCCGCCUGGUCUACCUGGCCGACCACCGGCGCACGCACACCCGCGAGAAGCCCUACUACUGCGAGGUCUGCGGCCGCUGCUUCAGCCGCCCCGGCAACCUGCUCACCCACCGCCUGGUGCACUCGGCCGAGAAGAGGCACCAGUGCCCCGAGUGCGGCAAGACCUUCCGCCACCAGGGGGGGCUGAAGAUCCACGCGCGCGUGCACACCCAGGAGCGGCCCUACAGCUGCAGGGACUGCGAGAAGACGUUCCGCGGGCUGGGCGGGCUGCGGGUGCACGAGCGCUGCCACUCCGGGGAGCGGCCCUACGUGUGCGCCGUGUGCGGCAAGGGCUUCCGCGAGGGCAAGGUGCUGAAGAGCCACGCCCUGACGCACUCCGGGGAGCGGCCCUACGCCUGCGAGGGCUGCGGCCGGCGCUUCAGCCAGCUGGGCGCGUACCGCAUCCACCUGCGCCGCCACACGGGCGAGAAGCCCUACGCCUGCUCCCACUGCCCCAAGACCUUCCGCCACGGCAACAGCCUGAAGGCCCACGCCAUGAUCCACACCGGGGAGGCGCCCUUCCCCUGCCCCAAGUGCGGACGCCUGUACAAGCACCUGCGGAGCCUGCAGCUGCACAGCCGCACGCACGGCGACGACAGCGACUGACGGACGGACGGACGGGCCCAAGAAACUGACCGCCGGACGGGAGGACAGGCGGACGAGCUUGCUUUGACCAAACUAGCUGUGCGUCGAGAGGGUGAACCAAAGAGGGACCGUUUGAAACGCGAAUCUGUGGGGAUGAGAUGAAGUGUACUUGUAAAUAUGACUAUAAAUAUAAAUGUACAUUUGUAAAUGUACUUCGUAUGCUGCUAAAGGGAGACUCUUCAGGCAAGACUCACAUAUGUGUUAAAAGAAACUUAAUUGAUACAGAUAUCCUUGUCUGUCUGGAUUAACCCUCUAAAGAGGUAUGUAAAAAGUUCAAAAUAAAACAUUGCAGUUGAAUAUUA